CGUUAUGUAGCCCAGGCUGGACAUGAAUUCAUGACUGCCCCUGCCUCAGUUGCCUGAGUACUGGGGUUGCAAGCGUGUACCACCACGCCCGAUUUUCCUACAGCUUCUCCACCUCAGUUCCGUCUCCCGCCUGUGAGAACUGAACUCGAAGCCCCGCCCUACGUGCGUCCCGCACGUCCGAGGGGGCGGAGGAACCAGAUGAGAGGACGCCUGCGCAAACGCGUGAGGAAGGCGGGGGAGCUAGCUCACUUCCGGGCGGCGCUGAAUUUCCGCGCCUAAGCUUGCUUCCUGAAACCGGCCCGCUUACCAAAAUGUUGCGCGUGGUAAGCUGGAACAUCAAUGGGAUCCGGAGUCCCCUGCAGGGGCUGACAUGCCAGGAACCCAGCAACUGUCCCACGGCCUUGCGACGCAUUUUGGACAAGUUGAAUGCCGAUAUUGUCUGUCUCCAGGAGACCAAAGUGACCAGAGAUGCACUGACAGAGCCCCUGGCUGUUGUUGAGGGCUAUAACUCCUAUUUCAGCUUCAGCCGCAGCCGCAGUGGCUAUUCUGGUGUGGCUACCUUUUGUAAGGAUAGUGCUACCCCAGUAGCCGCUGAAGAAGGCCUGAGUGGUGUCUUUGCCACCCUAAAUGGGGAUGUUGGUUGCUAUGGAAACAUGGAUGAGUUCACCCAAGAAGAACUCCGGGUUCUGGAUAGUGAGGGCCGGGCCCUCCUUACACAGCAUAAGAUCCGUACAUUGGAAGGGAAGGAGAAGACCUUGACCCUGAUCAACGUGUACUGUCCACAUGUGGAUCCUGGGAAGCCUGAGCGAUUGACUUUCAAGAUGCGUUUCUAUCGCCUGCUGCAGAUCCGAGCAGAAGCACUCUUGGCAGCUGGCAGUCAUGUGAUAAUCCUGGGAGACCUAAAUACAGCCCAUCGACCCAUUGACCACUGUGAUGCAGGCAGUCUGGAGUGCUUUGAAGAGGACCCAGGGCGUAAGUGGAUGGAUGGCUUGCUCAGUAACCUGGGGAUGGAGGCUGGAUCCCACACAGGGCUCUUCAUGGAUAGCUACCGCUACUUCCAUCCAAAACAGGAGAGGGCCUUCACCUGCUGGUCAGUGGUCAGUGGUGCACGCCCUCUCAACUAUGGCACUCGAAUUGACUAUGUACUGGGGGAUAGGACCUUGGUCAUGGACACCUUCCAGUCCUCCUUCCUACUCCCCGAAGUGAUGGGCUCUGACCAUUGCCCUGUGGGAGCUGUCUUGAAUGUAUCCUGUGUGCCAGCAAAACAGUGCCCAGCUCUGUGUACCCGCUUCCUCCCUGAGUUUGCAGGCACCCAGCUCAAGAUUCUUCGCUUCCUAGUUCCUCUUGAACAAGAACCUGUACGAGUUCAGCCAGUACUGCAGCCCAGCCAUCAAAUCCAGGUACAGAAACACCCAAGUAAAGCUCGCAUGCAUUCCACCAGGCCUCGGAAAAGUCAAGGUGGCUCCAAAAGAAACCAGAAAAACCUGAUGAGUUACUUCCAGCCUUCCUCUAACCUUCCCCAACCAGCUCCUGUUGUGGAACUACCUAGCGUACCUCUGGUGGGCACUCUUACCAUCCCAGAGACUCCAGAAGAGGUCACAGUGGCCACAGUGGUGGAAGAGAAGGCCAAGGUUUCAGAGGCCAAAGAUGAGAAAGAACUACGGACCUCCUUCUGGAAGUCUAUGCUGAGUGGGCCCUCACCCAUGCCCCUCUGUGGAGGCCAUAAGGAGCCAUGUGUGAUGCGUACUGUGAAAAAGGCAGGACCCAACUUGGGCCGCCAUUUCUACAUGUGUGCUAGGCCCCGAGGUCCUCCCAGCGACCCCUCUUCCCGCUGUAACUUUUUCCUCUGGAGCAGGCCCAGCUGAAACAACUGAGUCCUAGGGACGUCAGGGACGUCUGGCAUGGUUACCUCAUGCACGGGGUCUGAUGCCAGGUCCUUGCCUCUGAAUUUGCCUCCUCCCCUGAGGCUUCCUUUCUUUCUCUGCUUUCUCUUCUCUCAUUUCCCUCCCUUUCUUCCCUUCUUCUCACAUCUCUGUUCCUUCCUCUUUGUACUGCAUAGGAACCAGGAACUAGUUUAAAUCCCUUCUGCCCUUGCUGAACACUGUAUUCGUUCAUAAAUAAAGUCCGACCUUUGUUUCAGUG